AUGGAAACAAAUUUGAAGUUGAGGGAGUCUGCAGCUAGUUCAGAUUUAGUAGAUCCUACCAUGUACAGACAGUUGAUUGGUUCAUUGAUGUAUCUAGUCAAUACUAGACCUGACAUUUGUUAUGCAGUAAGUGCUCUCAGUCAGUUUAUGUGUGAACCAAGACAUAUUCAUCUAGUUGCAGCAAAACAUAUCUUGAGGUACUUGCGUGGCACAAUAGGAUAUGGUUUGAAAUAUACUUAUAGUGCAAAUAUGAAGUUACAAGGUUACAAUGAUUCUGAUUGGGCCGAGAGUGUGACUGACAGAAAGAGCACAUCGGGUUGUUGCUUCAGUUUGGGGUCUGCCAUGAUUUCUUGGUGCAGCAGGAAGCAGAAUUUUGUAGCACUUAGUACUGUAGAGGCUGAGUACAUUGCAACAUGUGUUGCAACUCGAGAAGCAGUGUGGCUUCAAAAGCUUCUUGCAGGAUUGUUUGGAUAG